AUGAGUGAUGAGGGAUUCUUGAUGAAUCUAUCUUUGCAUAUCAUUGUAGACAUUCUCUCAAUACUUCCAGCUGCAACUAUCAUAAGCUGCAAGUUUGUUUGCAAGAAAUGGCUUGGCCUAAUCUCUAUUCAUGAGUUUGGUAAGUCACAUCUUUCCAGAUCAAAUCUGGCCUCACUCUCUUCGAACACAAGGCAGUUGCAUCCCGGCGAGUUUGUCGACUAUUUGAAUUUGAAGAUAAUCUUGAACGUAGGUUCCACUUCCAUCAAUGGUUUAGUUUGCCAGUGCAACGUUUGUCGUGAAUACACUAUACAUAUGGUAUCCCAUGACAAGUAUGAAGUUGUCUAUGCUUGUGCGAGAAUACUUCAGAUUCUGAUUUGUGAUAUGGGUUAUGAAGGAAUAUGGAGUGAAGAAAUCAUGUAUCAAAGAAUUUUUUUUUUCAUUAGCAAGAUGCCAGAAUUUGCGGGGAUAUCAUAUGAAAUGGUUUAUGCUUUAAAAGUUUUUGAAAAUGGAGAUAUAUUGAUGUCAUGGGAGGACUACUUGUUUUUCUACAGGAAUCAGAGCAAAACUUUGCAACAAGUUGAAGUUGUUCCUAAUUAUUCCAUUCAGACCAUGCUUCAUGUCCCAAGUUUUGUUUCACUCAAGAAUUUUACAGAGAAUAUAAGGGUGUUCUGA